AAUCAGGAGGUUUAUAACUUAGUGAAAGAGGCUCUUCAAGAUGAGAAGGUUACUAGAGGUUUAGUUCAGCAUUUGCUCUCAGACGCCGUUGGUGUGGCUAAACUAAAAGACUUGGGGGACGUUGAGAGAUAUAUGCUGACAACACAUGUUUCAAACGUAAAAGCAACUAAGCUGUUGACGAUAUUUGCACCAUUUAAAGGUAUGGUUAUAACGAAGCAAUAAUUAUAAUAAUAAUUCUUGGAACAUGUUGUCCACUUUUUUUAAAAACGUUUGUGCUCACAACAGGAGAGUCUGAUGAAUCUGUACCGGCACAGUCAGGUUCAGUAGCCUCUGGCUCUGCUUCCACAUCUAUACCAACACCAACACAGUCGGUUUCAGUAGCCUCUAGCUGUGCUUCCACAACAACCAAUACAGACCACUCGGUGUCUCCAUUUCAACCAGUUCGGCAAGUCAUACAGGACAGAAGUUUUUUCAAAUUUGAAGUGUGUUGGACUGAACUCCCCAAAACGACAGUGGAAAAUCUUACUCAAUCUAAGUUAAAGAACCAAAAAGCAAAUCCAAAAGACAUAAGUGACAUCAAACUUGCAAUUGCAAAAAAACUGGCGGUUGCUUAUAAGGGUCAUAAAGAGCUCUAUCCAGGCUCACAGAAAUAUCCAGGUCGCAAAAUUUAUGCCAAAAUAACAACGGAGGUGAGAUAUAUUUUUUUUAAUUUCCUCUACAAGUCUCUCAUUUCCAUAUCAUUUCAAUCAAAAUUGUAUAAUUCUUUCUGAUUUUUCAGGUAGGGAAUAAAUUUGGGGAUAGCGUAAAAACAACAGUCAAGGGAAUUGCACUAAAAGAUGGAAUGUCCGACUUCUUUUUUAAAUUUGAAAACUGUGUAGAAAAUUUGAUACGCAAUGAUCCAGAUGAGCAAACUACUACUUUUACAAAAUCAAAGGUAGCAAAAGGCAAGAAGCUCAUAGGUGUUGACCCUGACGCAUACAGUCCGGCGGUUGUUGAAUCAACCAGACAAGAACAGAUUGGUACAAAGGAACACUUGAAAAAUAUAAGUUUGGUCAACAUUAAAGAUUGGGAUUGGGUUGAAAUCAAACAAGAUUUGUGUAAGACUUACAGUCUUCAGCGUGAAGAUGUUCUAUUGGCCACUGAAGACGCGUGCAAGGACCAGGUUCCUGAAGAUGACAUCUUAGAACUCCGAAGUUUGGAGAAAUUGAAAAUUGAAUGGCCAUUCCUCUUCACAGCAAAGGGUUUAGAAAUUCACCACAAUCUUCUCACAAAGCGGGACCUGGGAACAAAAUGUGCAUCAUUUAUGAAAGAGCAUUUGGAAGUACUACUACACUAUCUGACAUCUUGCACCAAAUCAAGCAACGUGGACAAUCUGUUUAUCCGCCUGCGUGUGGAAAUGGCGUGCAGAGAUGUAUCAAUAGAUACAAAACUUUUGAUGAUGGUUCAAAUGUUGUCGAACCAUUUCAAAGAGGCUCACUUAUUCUCAUCACUGUUUGUGCCAGUUGAGAGAACAGUACAACCAUCAUCAUUCCAGUACACAGUUCUAGAGGAAAUCCAAGGCCCAUGCGUAGUGGCUCAAGAUACUAACAUAUAUGCAGCAAAAGCAUAUUUUGUCUGUGCCGACAAGGUUCAUUUAGUGGAGGUAAGCAACCCCAAAGAAGCACUUGUUGCUUUGUUUGAACUGUGCUUCUGCCUGAACCUGGAGUACCCAGAACUUAGUCUCACAUUUGAAUUCCUAGAAAGAUAUGUUUUUGAGGUGGGGUUGGUAGAUACCCGAGUGAAAAAGAGAGGAAAACAAGUUGUUGUGUUAAGUGACCAAGUGAAACGUCUCAUGGAAGGCUUUGAAGAAUUUGUUGAACAGUUCAAAAAGGAAUUGCCAGAAUAUUUGGCACACACAUAUUCUGACAUGGAAAUGGAAUUGUGAAAUUUGUUUUGAUACUUUUGUCCUUCGGUACUUUAGAUUUGAUUAUAUCAAAAUCAUUUAUGAAUUGUUGAGUUUAGUGCCUACAUAUGCACAGUUAAAAUGAAAUUCUGUUUAAAAAAAUCAACUGUUGUUUUGUUUGUUUUUUUACUUUAAUUUACUAGUUCUAUUAAAAUUUUGUAAAUCUGUGAUAAUUUCCGACAAAAUGUUAUACUUUUUCAAUUACCACAUGUUUCACUUCACUUUUACAACUUCUAUAUUAAGUGUGAUUAUAUACAAAUGUGAUAAAUAAAACAUUUACCCAUUCAACAUUCA